AUGGGUGUUAUUAGUACUCCAGGGUCUUGUUCACCUGCCACCACAGUGUUUGAGCUGCCCAAAAUGCAAAGGCACAUAUUUGAAUGGCUCACAAGUGGCAAAUGUGAGAUAGCAUUCAUGUUACUCCUACACCUCACACUCGCUAACCACGAUGAUGACAGCAAAAAAACCAAUACGUUUCAUGCUGACUUAGAUCCAAUCACACCAGUUACAAGUGUAGCCACACCUCACAGCCCUACUAGUUCUUGCCACUCAACUCCCAAAGCCGAUGAUUCUAUCCUCACAAUGGAUAAUAAUAUUCCUUGUUCCUGCAACACUCCAACACUGCAAACAAUCCAGACAAUGGUAGGACACUGGGAGAAAGAUUGGGAAUCAGAGGACAUGUGGAAUGUCACAUAUGAAGAGGUACUUGCGCAUGCACAGGCUAAUGGGGAACAAGAGACCACAAGGUUCCUUGAUGACUGCACAAAACAUGCUUUGGAAGGGAGGAUGCUUCUGGAUAGCAUCCAGGAUCUCGUGUACACUAACUGUCUGUGUUGCAGGGAGUAG